CACAUUUCAACCAGUCCCAGUAGCUGACAUGACGCUUACAAGGCGAUUUUUAUUGAGACCUUGAAUACGCAGUGACAGAAUGAGCUUUACUGUACCGUGAAGCCUUUAUCUUCGCGAUUUUUUUAACGGUCUGACUUGUUUUCUUUUUCUCUCGGGGAAUGAUGUCAUUUAAAAGAGCAGUACUUCACAUCACUGCCAUCCAGGGAUCCUCCAACUGCGCGUAGGGGGUGGUGAAAAAGGUCAAACGUUUGCUUUGAAAGCAGAGGAAAUAUGGACCGAAGUGUCGCAGAUUGCGUUAUCAGCAAUGAAGCAGGGAAUGAAUGGAAGAGUAACUCUACUGAAGGCGAAUAUAAUCUGUUCAAGACCUGCCUGGUUUGCAAAUUGGAGUUUACAAAUCGUCAGCCCAGAUUGCUGCCUUGUCUCCAUUCGUUCUGUAGAGAUUGUGUGCCGACUCGAAACCGCAGCCUCUGCCCCAGCCCCACCACCGCAGCCUGCCAGGAGAGGAGCGGCGAAGAAGGCAUUAUCUGUUGCCCUGCUUGCAGGCAAACGUGUUUCACAAGUGAUGUAGUGGAGAACGUCUUCAUCAGAGACUAUCCCCAAGUAAUGCAUAAGAUGGAAAAGCACUGCUCAAACUGCAAAGAAAAGAAACCAGCUCUCCAUUUCUGUUCAGACUGCAAUAAGUGGCUUUGCAGUACAUGCUCAGAAGAACAUGUGCUUGGGAAGGAGACAAAGCAUCAUAAAUUGUCAUUUCCUGAGGUUACUACAGGUGACAGAAGUGAGGUCGAUGAGUUUCCACUCUUUUGUCCGCUUCACAGUAAAGAGCCAAUGAAGCUGUUCUGUGAGACCUGCGAUGUGCUGGCCUGCUGGAAUUGCCAGCUAUCACAACACAAAGGCCAUAGUUUCAAAUAUCUGGAAGAUGCUUUACAAAAUCAGAAGAUGAUUUUGGAGGAAUUAUCACUGAAAAUGGGAGAGAAAAAAGUCAGCAUCCAGAACACAGCAAAACAAGUAGAGGACAGGUUAAAUGAAGUAAAGCAAAUACGAAUGAAGGUUGAAAAUCAGAUUAAGAUGGCAAAGAUGAUCAUGAUGAAUGAAUUAAAUAAGCGAGUGAAUGUUCUCAUGGACCAGCUGGAGAAUAUUACAAAUGAACGAAAGCUCAAACUGGAGCACCAACUUCAAGCAGUGAUGGGCUUGUGCAAGCACUUAGAGCAUGUAUUGAACUUCAUCAAUUGGGCAGUCUCUAAGAAGAAUGAUAUCCCAUUCUUAUUCAGCAAGGAACUGAUCCUGUUUCAGGUGCGCCGUUUGCUAGAAACACAGUGCAAUGUAGAUGUGGGUCCCUCCAAGAUUCAGUUUCGUUGGGACUCUACCAUGUGGACUAAACAGCUUUCUACUUUAGGCCAUUUGUCAUUUGAUUGUGAGAAUGCAACUCGCCAGGAAUGCCAGGCUUCCUUCCAUCAAGGAGCAUCACCAUUACCUUGUGAAAUUGCUAACCAUGGACCAAGUUUACAGCCUCCUCUUCUGUGCCAGAAGCCUGGCCAGCAAUAUUCAGUUUGUAACAGUCAUUGUCCAGACAUGCAUCCACUUCACAAAGAGCACGAGACAUUAAACUGUAUGCAGCAUCAUCAAAGUUUGGGCCAAAUUUCAGGACAUUUACAGCAUCAGCUCCCGAUGCAGUACAGUAGCAUACACCAGAGCCGAUCUCAACAGAAAUAUUUUUCACAUCCAUUGCCAGUACAGCCAAUACCAUCUUUGCAACAGUGGCGUGUAUCUCAGACUGGAGUGGAGCACAGCCCAGUUUUACUAGGACAUCUACAAGCAUCACACCUGCAACAGAAUUUGCAUCCAGCAUAUACCAUGCAGCAACAAAGAAACAUAAAACCGAUGCAUGUGGUGGCCUUGCAGCAACCAAAGCAAUUUGUGCAUCAGCCACAACCACAGAAACAGCCCUGCCAAAUACAGUAUUCAAAGCAGUCUAAACAAUCAGUGUUGCCACCCUAUCCUGUGAAGCAACAACUACAGCUACAAAAUAUUCAGCUACCACCUAUGGGAGAAGCACUGGGCAAAUCCCAUAUGGAGGAAAGAAAGCAACAAAGCACAGCCUCAAAACAAACAUGUCAACCAGAUCAAAUGCCAAUGGGCCUCAAGGAUCUCUUAGACCACUCACAGCAACGUCACCAGAAUGCACAGCAUGUCCAGGAUAUCAAUUUGGCACAGAAUUCUAUUACAAAGCAACAUCUUCUAAAGAAACAGGACAUGCCAGUGGAACUACAGCAUCUUGAUCUUCAAAGAGUAGCAGUGAAUGAUCAGGACCAGCAGACUGGACUGGGCCAGCAAAGUAACAAUAACCAGUUGCACAAUCGCCUUGAUGCUGAAGAACAGCAAAUUGUAAAUUCUCACAGAACAAGCACAAUUACCCUCCAACCAGUAGAUUUAGUGGGAAUAAGCAACACAGUUGGAAAGCAAUCAACUACUUCAAGAUCGACAACCACAAAGAAGUCUUCAACUACUGUGAGAAAAAGGGGAAAGCGCUCUGCUUCAGGCCAAAUAAAAUGCAGGCUGCCAUUGGGUGAAGAUUCUUCACACCUUGCACCUUCAUUAAUUGAACUGCAAUCCCAGUUAACUGUGCACAGAUCUGAUGGUGGCAAUCAGGAUCUUCUGGUAAAGAAUGUAAUCGUAAAUGGGGAACCAAAGAGCACUGAGAAGAAUAAGUCUGAAGAAAGUAGUACUAAAUUACCUAAGGAAUCCAUGAAAAUUAAAUCAGUGUCUUUAGAAGAUGUUAAUUUCAAAGAACCGAUUAAUCUUUCCGUGAAUGUUGGAUGUCCUGUAGUUAAUGGAUCUCGUGACUCAAAAAUGGAUUCACUGGAUGGAGCACCACAUGACAUGGGAAGCACCAGGACUCAGAUUGAUGGAGUGAAGGUCCCUUAUGUGCGGUUAGAGAGAUUACCAAUCUGUGCACCAUCUACUGGCCAACUCCCUGUCUACAAACUGCAAUCGGAUGUUGAUGAACGUGAAGGCAGCGUCCUAUUUAUGGACAACCAAACCGCUCAUACUGCAACAAAGAACAUUACACUGGACAGCACACUCACUCCUCCGAACUCGAACCCCCCUCCCCCCCAACAAAGUGAGCUGGAUGACACACUGGUUACUUCUGACUUGUCUCCUGAAGUUGUUGCAUCCUCCUGUCCUUUGGAUGACAAACCAUCUGAAAAAUCUGUUAAAGAGCUAUCACCUCAGACAACCCCAGUAGUAGCAGGUGCUACAGACAACAAUGAAGAUUAUUGCGCAGUUUGCUUGAAUGGUGGAGAGCUGUUGUGCUGUGAUCGAUGUCCAAAAGUUUUCCAUCUUGGUUGCCAUGUGCCUUCUCUGCUCAGCUUCCCAACGUAAA